AUGGCAAGUUUAUCGAACUCCUCUCUGCCCAGCUGCUUCCUCUCCCUCCUCUUCCUCCUCCUCCACCUGUCUUCCAGCUAUGCAGGACAGUUCAGAGUGAUAGGACCAAAGCACCCCAUCCGGGCUCUGGUCGGGGAUGAAGUGGAAUUGCCAUGUCGCAUAUCUCCUGGGAAGAAUGCCACAGGCAUGGAGGUGGGGUGGUACCGCCCGCCCUUCUCUAGGGUGGUUCAUCUCUACCGAAAUGGCAAGGACCAAGAUGGAGAGCAGGCACCUGAAUAUCGGGGCCGGACGGAGCUGCUAAAAGAGACUAUUAGUGAGGGAAAGGUGACCCUCAGGAUCCGGAACGUAAGGUUCUCAGAUGAAGGAGGUUUCACCUGCUUUUUCCGAGAUCAUUCUUACCAAGAGGAGGCAGCCAUGGAAUUGAAAGUGGAAGAUCCCUUCUACUGGAUCAGCCCCGGGGUGCUGGUUCUCAUCGCGGUGCUGCCUGUGCUCCUCCUGCAGAUUGCUGUGGGCCUCAUCUUCCUCUGCCUGCAGCGCAGACUGAGAGGAAAACUUCGAGCAGAGAUAGAGAACCUCCACCGGAAUUUUGAUCCCCACUUUCUGAGGGUGCCCUGCUGGAAGAUAACCCUGUUUGUAAUUGUGCCGGUUCUUGGACCCCUUGUUGCCUUGAUCAUCUGCUACAACUGGCUGCAUCGAAGACUAGCAGGGCACUUUAUUGAAGAGCUAAUCUUCCAUCUGGAAGCCCUCUCUGGCUAA